GCCUGAGUGGGGGCGUGGCCCCCGCGGGGGGCGGGGCUCCAGCUCGGACUGCACGACUGCGCAGUGCUGCCGCUGCUGUGGUCGCGGCGCCAGGAGGGACGCGAUGGCGGGCCCCGCGUGGAUCUCCAAGGUCUCUCGGCUGCUGGGGGCGUUCCACAACCAAAAACAGGUGACCAGAGGUUUUGCCGGUGGUGUUCAGACAGUCACUCUAAUUCCAGGCGACGGCAUCGGCCCUGAGAUCUCAGCUGCCGUGAUGAAGAUUUUUGAUGCUGCCAAAGCGCCCAUUCAGUGGGAGGAGCGGAAUGUCACGGCCAUCCAAGGACCCGGAGGAAAGUGGAUGAUCCCUCCCGAAGCCAAAGAGUCCAUGGAUAAGAACAAGAUGGGCUUGAAAGGCCCUUUAAAGACCCCAAUAGCAGCUGGUCACCCAUCUAUGAAUUUAUUGCUGCGGAAAACGUUCGACCUCUAUGCGAACGUCCGUCCGUGCGUCUCCAUCGAGGGCUAUAAGACCCCUUACACCGACGUGAACAUCGUCACCAUCCGGGAGAACACGGAAGGCGAGUACAGCGGCAUCGAGCACGUGAUCGUGGACGGGGUUGUGCAGAGCAUCAAGCUCAUUACCGAGGAGGCCAGCAGGCGCAUCGCGGAGUUCGCCUUCGAGUACGCCCGCAACAACCACCGGAGCAACGUCACGGCCGUGCACAAAGCCAACAUCAUGCGAAUGUCAGAUGGGCUUUUUCUGCAAAAAUGCAGGGAAGUUGCUGAAAACUGUAAAGAUAUUAAGUUUAAUGAGAUGUACCUUGAUACAGUGUGUCUGAAUAUGGUCCAGGACCCGUCGCAGUUCGACGUCCUCGUUAUGCCGAAUCUGUACGGAGACAUCCUCAGUGACCUGUGUGCGGGACUGAUCGGAGGUCUUGGUGUGACACCAAGUGGCAACAUUGGAGCCAAUGGGGUCGCGAUCUUCGAGUCGGUUCACGGCACCGCCCCGGACAUCGCGGGCAAGGACAUGGCCAACCCCACGGCCCUCCUGCUCAGCGCCGUCAUGAUGCUGCGGCACAUGGGCCUUUUCGACCAUGCGGCGAGGGUGGAGACGGCGUGCUUUGCCACGAUUAAGGACGGGAAGAGCUUAACAAAAGAUUUAGGAGGCAACGCAAAGUGCUCCGACUUCACGGAGGAGAUCUGUCGUCGGGUACGAGAUCUGGACUGAGGCCCCGCGUGGCGUCUGUGACCGUCAGUCCCACCGGCCACGCAGGUCCCGCCCGUCGUGCCCACGUUUGCUUCGCUUCUUUCCUGAUGGGCCACUUAGAUGUUGCCUGUUCUGAACAAAGUCUGUGCAGAGGCUGCUGGUGACGUCCCCAGGCCUGCUCUCCGAGGACUUUCCCCAAGUGCUGGUUUUAUUUAUUCGGUGUGUAUCUGGUAUAUGUUUUUUGUAAAUUCUGAGUGGACUGUAUCGUUUGCCAUGUUAAUCAUUUUACAUUUCGGUUAAAAUGGUUUUUCCUCAGCUGUAAAUACGAUACAGAAUUAAUAAGAGAAAACAUAACUUUUUAAAGAAAACCUGUUUUCCUUGGUUUAUGAAGAACGUAAUAGAAACAAAAUAGAUUAUCGACAUGUUAGUAAAGGUGAUAUUCUUAUAAAACUACACGGGCACGGGAGAGGACUCCUGGACAGUUCAGGUCAAAACCAGUGGAUACGGCAUAUUUCUUAGCGAUGUGGGGAGUAGACAGGCGCGUCCUUCAACGUGAACUACUGACGUGAAUAAAGACUUUAAGAACUAUGUAA